AUGUACCGUCGUGGUGACAGCAGCUCUGUUCUGCUUGUUGACGUGUACGUGGACGACCUCAUCAUCACUGGUGCUUCGUCGGAAGGGAUUGAAGCGUUCAAGGCUGAGAUGAAGACGUUGUUCCAGAUGAGUGAUCUCGGCCUCCUCUCCCUUUACUUGGGCAUCGAGGUGCACCAAGAUGAUGAUGCCAUCACCCUGCGCCAAGCUCACUACGCUGAGAGCAUAUUGGAGCUGGCCGGGAUGGCAGGCUGCAAUGCAGUCCAAACGCCAAUGGAGGAGCGGCUCAAGCUCAGCCGCAAGAGCACUACACCGGAGGUGGAUGCAACACACUAUCGACGGCUGGUUGGCAGCCUUCGCUACCUUAUCCACACACGACCAGACUUGGCCUUUGCCGUUGGGUUCGUGAGUCGAUUCAUGGAGCACCCAACAGAAGAGCACUUGCAGGCAGUGAAAAGAAUCCUACGCUAUGUCGCUGGCACUCUCAACUUUGGUCUGUGCUACAAGCGACGAACAGGAGCAGCACGGUUGGUCGGCUACAGCGAUAGCGACCUCGCUGGCGACAUCGACAUAAGGAAGAGCACCGGUGGCACUCUCUUCUUCCUUGGCAAUUGCUUGAUCUGCUGGCAAUCCAUCAAGCAACGUGUGGUGGCACUCUCUUCAUAUGAAGCAGAGUAUGUUGCUGCCACCACGGCCGCCACUCAGGCCAUUUGGUUGACUCAGCUGUUAAGCGAACUCACCGGAGAGGAAGCUCAGACAGUAGAGCUUAAGGUGGACAGCAAGUCUGCCUUGGCACUGGCCAAGAACCCAUCUUCCAUGAGCGCAGCAAGCACAUCGAGCUCCGCUAUCACUUCAUCAGGGGCUGCUUGGAUAAUGGAAGAAUUAGCACCACAUACAUCUCCACUGCAGACCAACUCGCUGACAUCCUCACCAAAGCACUUGGGCGAGUCAAAUUCCAAGAGCUAA